AUGCCCAAUGACCAGAUUUGGCGAUACACCGGUGACACGGAAUGGCGAUACAGCGCGUGCUCCGACGUCCCGAAGUGUGGAUCCACUAGAGCUCCAACUGCCCACCUGAGAGCUCUGGCCGACUACGUCAGGACUCUCAAGAACACCAACAGCUUCGCCUCGUAUCUGUCGGGUCACUUGAGACCUGGCUGUGAAGCCAAUGAGAUGGCGUUCCCCAACUCCAGCGACGACAAUGGCUACGACCUAGACAUCGUCGGGUCCCCGGAAUACCAGAUUCCACCGCCGCAGCUCACACUCCUGCAGCGCCUACUCUUCCGCAAUCCCGAUAACUACUCUAACAAUGUGAAAGCGAUGCUCGACACCGCUGCAGCAGGCAUGGGCCGCCAACCCACCCAGGAUGAGGUCAACGUCCUCAGCCAACUAGCCUACAAAGAAGCCGCAACCGCGGCAUGGACUGUCCCCGUCACCGUUGCGUUGGCCGGCUUCUUGACAUGGCAAACCCGCGGCACCUACCGCUUCCCUUUUUGGCAACCCAACUUUAUCAAAUUCACUCCCGAUGCCUUUCCAAGUGCCUCUAGGCCGCUUCUCCAGGGUCGUCUGGCGAAUCGCGCAUGGCACAAUACAAGAUUCACGGCCUACUUCCUCCUCACCAGUCUCGGCAUCGCUCCUUUUGUCGCCUCAUAUGCCACUUCAGUGGCCAUGGCAUCCGCCGCUCGAGAUGAGCGCCUCAACCAGUUCCGCAAGGACAUGAAGCCGGAGAGGCUGGUCCAGAUGACGGCCGACAAAAUGCCAGUCACCGCCUUGAAGCGCCAGCGCCACCGGACUGCGGAAGCCAUCAGCCAACUCGAAAAGUCGCUGGCCGCGUUGCCCCAGUCGGAUGAAAAGAUCAGGGAAACAACUCCGCUCAUACAGAAAAGGAUUGAUGAGUAUCGCAAGAUACUGGCCCACAUUGAUGCAAUCCUCGAGAGGAGGGGCGAAGGCAGCGCUGGGGACGACGGGUCAGCGCAGAACAGGGACUACGAGACACUCUCUGCUUCGAGCUCUACGGGAGGGUACAGUUUACCCUCGGAAUCCAACUACUCUUCUCCGACAAGCUACUCGAGAGAUCCGCCAUCUUCCGAGGGCCGAUCAGGAUGGGGCUCGGGCCAGCAGAGCUCUCCCCAGCGAAGCAGCAGCAGAUCCUCAGACGACUUGGACUAUGAUGAUGCAUCACCUCUUUCGCCCGCCGCGAGAGCCCAGUCAUCAUCACCCUCUAGCACCGGCUCAGCGUGGGAUCGCCUGCGGCAAGCCUCGAGACAGCCUCCGCGAGCUUCUGGGAAUGCCAACCAGAGCCAACAGGAAGAGGCUAAGGGUGCCGAUUACUAUGCGUACGAUGCCGCUGAAAAGGAGAGGAAUGCGGAGAAGGAUAAGGCCCAGGCCGAGUUUGACGCAAUGCUCGAGCGGGAAAGAAGAGGUAACGCGGGGCAGGGCAGUGAGCGGAAUAGCCGAUGGUGA